CACAUGUGCAUUAGUGAAACUAUAAAGGAAGUAGCAGUGCACAAGAAGUGCAACAAACUAACGCCAUAACGGAGACAACAGCUGUCAUCUACAUCCAAACAUGCAGCCACCACCGAGAAAGGUAAAGGAGAGCCAGCAGAUGAAAGUGGUGUUCUCAGAGCAGCUCAGCAAGCUGCAGACCAAACAGCAUCAGGACACUGAACUGCUGGAGGAGAUCAGGUCCUUCAGUAAGCAUCGCGCUGCUAUAGAGAAAGAAUACGGUCAGGCUCUACAGAGGUUAGCUGUCCAGUACCAAAAGAGAGAUUGGCAGAGAGGAAAUACAGAUGCGAUCACUUCUGGGAGUGUGUUUAGCGUGUGGCGAUCUGUGGUCGAUGCUACAGCUCAGACUGCUGCAUCGAGACUUUUUGCUGCAGAAGAAUACCGCCGACUCAGUGGGCAAGUCUCCAAAAGUCUCCGCAAUGCAAAGGAUGUCCGGGCUAAGAGAGGCCUGGAAAGGCUGCAGAGGGUGCAGGCUGAAGUGGUGGAUGCUCUACGGGAACUUCAAAGGGUCAAGAAGUGCUACCACGACUUCAGCCACAUUGCCAGUAUUGCCCGUGAGAAAACUGCAGAUGCACAGGCCAGAGCUAGAAAAAGUGAACAUGGAAUUUUUCACUUCAAAACCGGACUCCAUAAAACGACUAAGCUCACUGCCAGACUCAAAGAGUGCGAUGACCGCCUGACUGAAGUUCGUAAUGAGUACCUGCUGACAUUAGCAGCAGUCAGAGCGCAUCGGCAGCACUACUACACAAACGACUUACCAUUUAUUAUGGAGCAAAUGGAUGGUGAUAUUUAUGAGGAUUUGAGAUGCCAUUUCACCCUGCUGUGUGGGACUGAGAUGGACUGCUGUCUUCAUGCACACAAACAGUACAGCAGGGUGUGGGACAGUGUUGCAAAGGUGACCAGAGAGAGAAAUGUUCAGCAGUUUCUCCAAGAAUCAGCAUCUUUCAGCAAAAUCCCUGAAUUUACCUUCCAGCCUGCUCUGCGUGACAAGGUGUCAGUUAUGCAGGAAGUUUGUGGUUCAGAAGAAGAGGGCUGCCUGGUGAAGGAGGCUAAGAAAUGGACUGCCAAGGUGGCAAAAGACCACAAGAUCAUUGCCCACGGAGAGAGGGCUCUACAGAUGUUAGCGAGCCGACUGAAGCUCCUAUCCGGGGAGACGGCGCUCAGUGUGGAGCAGAAGAUAGCAGAGGUACAGGAGAGCGUCAGAAAAGCCAAGCUGAACAGGGCGAAGGCCGAGGCUCGCCUGGCCCUGCUGUCAGAGAGCACACCAGGAACAGAACAAUGGCUUCACGCUGCCAUGAACCAGGUGGAGGAGGAGCUGGAAAGAGAGCGACAUCUCAGUGAACAGAGGAAGUCUACUGAAGACUUUUCAGAGGAGGAGUUUGAGCUGACUGACUUUGAGGACUACGAUGAUAAUGGAGAGAUCUUCACAGAUCCAGUGUCAGCAUCUGGAGUGUGUGUUUACCCUGCAGCCUGCAGAGUUAUUUACAGCUAUCAGGCUAGCCAAUCAGAUGAGCUGUCAAUCAUAGAAGGGGAGGAGCUUCAAGUGAUUGAGGAUGGAGACAUGGAGGACUGGCUGAAGGUGUGUAACUCAUGUGGUCAGGUGGGCUACGUUCCUGAGCGGUAUGUGCAGCUCCUGUGUCUGCCAGCAGAGGACAGCACUCCGCUGGACAGCUCAUUCAGCUCCACCUCAUCCACUGGGACUAAAGAGACGCCAGAGGGCAGAGGUGUAGCCAGGGCUCUGUACUCCUACCAGGCUCAGAGCGCAGAGGAGCUUUCCUUCCAAGAGGGGGCGCUAAUACACCUGAUACGGCGUCCACGUGGAGAGGUUGAUGAUGGUUUUUGGGAGGGAGAGCUGAACGGACAUGUCGGCGUCUUCCCAUCGCUGAUGGUAGAGCUUGUUCACGAUGAAGGGGAGGAUGAAGAAGAAAAGGAGGAGAUGCAGCCUCUUCCAACCCCAACCAUGCCCCUUUUCUCCCCUCCUAUCCCCACACCCUCAGCUCCAAGCUGUAAUUCAGAACUGAGCGCUGCUUCUCCGAGCAGUAUGGAGGACAAACAGCAGGCUGCUCUAAUGGAGGGAUCAAAGCUGGCAGGCAACAGACUGGAGGCCGGAACCAGCAGCCACAGCUCUCCUGAGCACUCCAACAGUCCACUGAGACCAUGUCGAGCACCUCCUCCACCUCCAACACAGAAGACUUCAUCUCAGGCUUGAGACAGACUGGAGUCAUAGCUGUCUUGUUACAGCCAAAACAUUGCUGAUUUGUGCCAUUUAUAUAUUGUCAGGUGGUUUUCUUGGUCAUGUGAGGCGUCACAGAAGUACAGUAGUUGCAAUCUGUGUGCGGAUCACUGCUCUGUUCAUCUUCUAAAAGUAGUUUCAUCGCAGGAACAGCAGGUUAUCAAGAAAACAUGGCGGCUUAGAUCCACACCAUUGGUUUUUUUAGUACUUGACCUUUUAAAGACUGCCAAAGCACUGUUACAAGGAAUAGCAAAAAUAUCAAAAUGCUAAUUUUAUUAAUAAAAUUUGUAAAAAUAAGAAAUUGCGCAUGCAAUACGACUUUGAACCACAAGAUGGUCCAGCGAGCCUGUCCUGAAUCCAACAUGAGACAUUCCAGUAUGAGUAUUACUAAAGCUGGAGCUAGAUCAACAGUCAGGAUUACAGUAUACGUCUCCACCAUGUUUUGGCAGCUGGAAGAGCAAAGAAGCAUUACAAAGUCAUUUAUAUGUAAAGAAUGUAAUACUUGACAUGAAACUUUUGCAAAAACUAUCUUUUAAAAGCAGCAUUGUAAAAACAACCCUAAUUGAUUGCAGUCGUGUGAAAAAGAAAGUUUUCACACCACUCCAUACACUUCUGUGAAAGCUAAUAUAUCACUACUUUUUUAUAGGAAUUAACAAGUUACAUGACAGCCAAGUGUUGAUAAUCAAAUGCACUUGACUAACAUAAAGCAGAGGUGUUGGCAGUUUGCUGGUCUGGAGCAUGGAGGUGUGUAGAUGUAGUAAUGAUGUGUAGAUGAUACUUUCUCCCCCGCAAACUCACUCCAAGUUCAGACUUUGCAAUUGUCAGAGAAUUGCAGAAAACCCGAGCGCUACAUCUUACACUCUUCAGACCCCAGUAAGUAUGUUAAAUAUUAAAGUUAAAUGUGCACAAAACUCAACAAAUUGAAGCAACACUGUAAAGAAGAGCGAGCCAAAACUCCACAAUACUGUGAGAGAUUGAUAAAGACAUACAGAAAGUUGUUGCUGCUAAAGGUGGCUCAGCAGCUAUGCAACCCUGUGAAAACCUUCCUUCCCACGUGACUACACAAUCACAUGUUAAACUUGGAACUCUUAUUUUUUAAGUUUUAGUGUAGCAAUGACUAACAAACACAGUUCAGAUGUAACAUUAGGUAUCUGUUUUAUUUUCAUGAAGUCUAACAUUAGCUAGCAUCCAUGCUAUUCUAAAUUGCAACAGUUAAGCUAGUUAGCAUGUCGAAGGCUAACAUCUGUUCUACUUGUUUACCCUUAUAUUAUUAUAUUAUAUUAGCGAGGCUAGUGUCAUAAUUAAACAAUUAGCUUUUGGAUUUUUGAAAUAUCCUCUUCUAUAUAUCUGUUUUUGUACUGUACGUCAUUGUUGUGAAAUAAAUUAAGUUAGUAAAUUUGGAGUUUUGUUUGGUUAUUUAAGUAAGCCAUUACCACCCAAAUCAUGGGCUCUUGUGGUGUCAUCUAACAGGGAAAAAGACACAGAGCUUUCAGAAGCACAGACCAGAGUUUGUUUUGUUUUUUAUUGCAUCAGAAUAUAUUAUAAUCCAUCUGCUUAUUUACAUUUUCUUUAGUGUUUGUAUAAUACUUUACAAAUAUUCCAAGCUCAUGACAAGAAACAUCUCUCAAACACUCACACUCCAGGAUUUGAUCAAGCUAUUUAUAGUAGUUAUUUUAGUUUGCUUGCUUAUUUAUUUCAGGUUUUGCAGCUUUCAGUGGCGUUUCUGUAGCAGCUCGAGUUCUUAUCUCAAUGAACCACACAUAUUCCAAGAACUGGUUUUAUCUUGUCAGCCUGAAGCAGAAGAAAAAAAUGCAACUAAAGUGAAAAUAGGUAACGAGUCAUGUGACUUUACAUACUUUUCUCUGCUAACAAAUAUCACUGUUGUUUGUUAGUAUAACAUGCGGACAGUACAGGCGAUAUGUGAAGUAUACACCGCGUUCCAAAUUAUUAUGCAAAUUGUGUUUAAGUGUCAUAAAGACUAAAUAAGUUGUUUGACAAUUAAACCCAUGGAUGGAAUUGUGUCUCAGGACUCUUUGUAUCACUGAAAUCAAUCUCGGACACCUGUGAUCAUUAGUUUGCCAGGUGAGCCCAAUUAAAGGAACAACUACUAAAGAAGGAUGUUCCACAUUAUUAAGCAGACCACCAUUUUCAAGCAAUAUAGGAAGGAAAAAUGAUCUCUCUGCUGCUGAAAAGCAUGAAAUAGUUGAAUGCCUUGGACACGUAAUGAAAACCUUGGAUAUUUCACAAAAACUUAAGCGUGAUCACCAUACUGUUAAGAGAUUUGUGGCUGAGUCAGAGCACACAUGGGUUCGUGCAGAUAAAGGCACAAUGAUGAAGGUUUCUGCCAGACAAAUACAUCAGAUUAAGAGAGCAGCUGCUGAAAGGCCAUUACAAAGCAGCAAACACAUAUUUGAAGCUGCUGGUGCCUCUGGAGCCCUGCGAACGUCAAGGUGUAGAAUCCUCCAGAGACUUGCAGUUGUGCAUAAACCUUCUAUUCGGCCACCCCUAACCAAUGCUCACAAGCAGAAACGGCUUAGUGGGCCCAGAACUACGUGAAGACUCAUUUUUAAACAGUCCUAUUCACUGAUGAGUGCCAUACAACCCUGGAAGAUCCAGAUGGAUGCAGUGGUGGAUGGUUGGUGGACAGCCACCAUGUCCCAACAAGGCUGCAUCGUCAGCAAGGAGGUGGUGGAGUCAUGUUUUGAGCCAGAAUCACGGGGAGAGAGCUGGUCGGCCUCUUUAGGGUCCCUGAAGGAGUUUGUGACUGACCACUUUCUUCCAUGGUAGAAAAAGAAGAACUGUGCCUUCUGCAACACAACCAUCUUCAUGCUAGACAAUGCACCAUCUCAUGCUGCAAGGAAUACCUCUGCAUCAUUGGCUGCUAUCGGCGUAAAAGGAUAGAAACUCAUGGUGUGGCCCCGAUUCUUCCCUGACUUCAAUCCUACUGAGAACCUUUGGAGCGUCCUCAAACAAAAAACUAUGAGGGUGGGAGACAGUUCACAUCCACACAGCAGCUCUGGGAGGCUAUUCUGACAUCCUGCAAAGACAUUUAAGCAGAAACUUUCCAAAAACUUACAAGUUCCAUGGAUGCAAGAAUUGUAAAACUGCUAUCAAAUAAGGGGUCGUAUGUUAAUAUGUAACUUGACCUGUUGAGAUGUUUUUGAUUGAAAUAGCUUUUGAUUUCAGUAAAAUUGAUCUGCUAAUGCUGCAAAUCCAACAAAUGACCAUUUUCAAUUCUCUACAACCUAUAAAAUCUUUUGAAACUCUGUGUGCGUAAUAAUUUGGAACAGUGCAUUUUAAGUUUUUUAUUUUUGAAAAACAUACUGUUUUCAUUGGGAGGUUUGUUCAGUAACAUUUGAAUUAUACUCUAGUGGUUGAUGACUCGAAAAUUAUGCCGACUGUCAUUUGAAUCGACUAUUCAGUAAAAUCAGAGAAAAAUAUCAUUUGCAUAAUAAUUUGGAACGCGGUGUAGACCUGCCUUUAUUCUGGUUUUAACUUUGAUCAGUCAAUACAUAAUCUGACCUCUGCAUAAAACACAGCACUCUCCAUGAGGUCAACUUUUGCAUUUAAAGAAAAGAAAUCUGUGGAAUCCAUUGCAGUUGAAGCUAGGAAUGAGAUAUGUUAGCUACAAAUGUUUCUGAAUAACUCAUUGUGAUGUUGCAGUCCAGUAAACUUGACUUGUGAUUUUAAGUUGAAUUCAUUAACCUGUAGAAAACAGACAGACUGAUCUAAUCAUGGUUAACCAGUAACUUAUAGUAUAGUAUCAGUGUUUAAAUCAUUUCAAGUUGAGAUAUAAUAAUUUAGUAGCGGCUUCAUUUUGACCAAAUACAUUUAUGUGAAUGAAAAUCCAGCUUUAGAUUGAAUCAGAGAAGAGAAGAGAAAAUAGGCUACAGACACCUGCUCCGUUAAGGCAAAUCAUAGGCAGUUCAUAGUUAUGUUUAUGUUUUCAAAGAGUAUAUAAUAUAUAUACAUGUAAUUCUGAUUUAACUGUUAUGGGAAUAUAAUUAUAGUGCAUAAGUAAAAAAGAAAAAUCUUGUGUCUUUCAUAUACACACAUCCAGCUGUGUAAAACAAACAGCCGUGUGAAUGUGUCAUGUCGAUAAGUACAGAUAUGUUAAUAUUGCUGGAAAAGUUUGCUGUAGGAUAAUGGAAAUACACGCUAACACAUGAGAUGCUAUCAUUCAUUUAUAGUCAUGCAUAACAUUGCACAAGGAAGCAAGCCAGUCAGAGGAUGGAAUGAAAAGCGAACGCAUGGGAAAAAAGAAAACUGGGACACUAGACCAGGGACAUCCGGGUUUGUUUCUCACAAGGACAGGAAAUAAUGCUGAACUCUGAACUGUGUCUCUUAAACUUUCUGUUUUAACACAGCCAUAAGUGAGUCCCCAGGGCCCGAAGCACACAAGAAAGUACGAAGCUGAAUAAAUACAGAUUAGCCUCAUUUUAUGGCUACAUCAUUGACAUCAAAUUUGUCUAUAGCUUAUAUUAUAGAACUUUGUGCUCCAUUCUCUUGCUCAAAGAUGGCCAAAACACUAAUACUGUGGUUACUGUCAGUUGUACGGAAGCUGUAUAUUAACAUUUCACAUCCUGUUGUUCGUCCACCUUUUCUCCCUGCAGCUUUAUGUUAGUGUUUUAGUCUUUUCUUCAUCAGAAGAAGUGAGGGAGGCUCUACACAUUAAAAGAAGCAAUUGUAUGUUAAUGUAGUCUGAUAGCUAUAGAAGCUUUAAACAAAUUAAAACUUGUGUGGUUAUUAGUGCUCAGCCUCGUCAGUUAUUUUAGUGACGUUACACAAAAACGGGACUAAAUUUCUAAAAACAAAACAAAACCUAAAAGCAGAAGUAAAUCUUCUUCUGGCUUCUGGAAUAUAUAAAAGUCUGUAGUUGAAGUAUAUAAUGAACUUGCUACUAUUAAUAUUCAUUAAAUUAGACAAUAUAUAGACAUAAAUGUAAAGUUAUAAAUAAAAAAAGAAUGAAUAAUACCACUCUGGUUUCACAUGGCAUUUCUUCAUAUAACCAUGUUUCAAGUUUCACAGCUAUGACCUGAACUGAACAAUCAAAUACUACAAACAGAGUGCAUGCAUCAAUAGAGAGCUCCACUCUAGUCACUUAAAAUAUUACCUUUAUUUUAUAUGAUGUAAAAACUUUACAGGUUGCAGUUUAGCAUUUCCAAUAUUUUGAAAAUGUACACCUUUACAUUAUUUUUAUUUUUAAGUUUACUUGGAAGUUGCCUGCAGCUUCUUGGGAAGAAAGUGCAGCUUAGUCGUCCAAACGACCAGCAGACAGUGUGCCGCUCUGCUUCCCAAUAUUGUUUUUGCAUUUAUUUUAAUAUUGAAAAUAACAUGUUUGAUUUAAGCAUUUAUUUAUUUAUUUAUGCAUUCAUAUUUAAAUGACAGAAAACUAAGCCAUGGUGUGGGGUUAAAGAGGUUUGUAUUUGCCAUUAAAAGUGUCUAGCACUGUCAUAAAAGGCAAAGGUUCUUGAACAAAGUAACAGUGUGCUGCGGGAUCAAUGAGGAUCAAGUCCUUAUCGUGGGCCUACUACUGACAGGGCGCAUACAGAAGACUGUAUAUCAUAAAGGUUCUGCUCUCAACGUAAAGUUCUUUGUUGUGCUGUCCAUCACCUACUCUCCUGUGAAUGAGAGUUAGCAGUAAUUUAGCACAAAUAUUAAUUUGGGAGAAAAAGGGGAAAGGAAAUGGAAUAAUAGGACCAGCCUGCAACAUUUGCACCUAUAUAUAGCAUAGCAUCAAACACAAUUACAACAACUUAAUGGAGAGCCAGCACAUUAAUAAAUCUCUAGCUGCCCAUGGAGUCAUUAUGGCUCCACUUUGCUUCACAAUCUAAUGGAUGUGUUGUAAAGAAUUACUGUUUCAACCAUCAGCUAGACAAUCUUACAGCUCAACAGCACACUGAUCCACAGGUCACACUAAAGCCAUUAGUAAAAGGAUAUCACUUUAUGUAAAAGUGAUGGCCCCUGCUAUCACCUCAGCUAUAGCUAGCUUAGUGCUCAUGUCCAUGCACUAAAUGUGAAAAGAAAUAACCUUCCAGUACAUGUCUUCUGCAUUUCAGCCAAUAAACACACUUUUUAAAUUCAAAGACGAGGCAAAUCUAAGUAAAAUUGUUCUGUAACACAGGGUCAACAUAAAAUUACACCUGCAAUACACAGGAACCAUUCAUUCAGGAUCUACUGUCGUCACUAGUGAUUUUAGGCCCAUCAUGAUUAGAUUUGCCAACCAUCGUAAGAAUAUACUCCGACUCAUUUUUGACUCGAGUUAUUUAACAAACAACCAUUUUUGUGUUCAUUUCUGUGUGGUAUCAAAUCUUGAAAUAUCUUGUAACAUUCAUGAGUUGUGACAAAAAAGACAAAAGUGCACACCAUCUGUUAAUGUUGAAUAUAAAAGCAAACUUAAAAACCACACAAUUCAGCACUCAGGAGUUUUGUUAGCAUGCUAAAAUCUGCUAAUUACCCCUGAAGUCAAAGUACAGCUGAGGCUAAUAGGAACAUGAUUUCUUUUUAGCAGCCAUGGAAUUAAAAACCUACGGAGUCCCGCAAGGGACAUUGG